AUGCGGCUGGCGAGGGGCCUCGGGAGUUUGCUGCUGCAUGCAGAGGCGGGGGCCCCUGUGUCUUGUUUGCUGGAAGUGGGGGUGGGGGCCUUUGCCUUUUUGACCCUUUUGAGGGCCCCCGCAUCCCCGGGGCCCCUCACAGUUUCCUGGCGAAGGGGCCCCCAGCAGCAGCAGGGGGAGGGGGCCCCCCAGCAGCAAACGAGCAGGCGCAGGGGGGCCCCCAGCGAGGCCCCGGGGGCCCCGGGGGCCCCCGCCAGAGACGGCGCGGUGGGGGGCAUCCCAGCAGCAGCAGGGGCCCCCGGGCCCUCCGAGGCCCCCUGCCGGCUGCUGACCCUGGAGGAGUUCCUGGGGGCCCCCCCCCUCUCCUUUGCUGUGCUGCAGUACCAUGUUGUGGGGCCCGAAAGGGGGGCCCCCGGCCACCACACAGUUUGGUUCAAAGCCGAGCUGGAGGCCCUCUGGGGUACAGCAGGGGGGCCCCCCUACCCGCCGGGGGGUACAGCAGGGGGGCCCCCCUACCUUAUACUUCUUCCCCAGUUGCCAGAUGCUGGCUUGGGGCCCUACUUGAGGCUUUCUCUGACCCCUUUGGGGCCCCCAAAUCCCCUUUUCUCUUUGGGGGGCCCCCCGGGGGGCCCUCACGCGGCCAGCGGGGACCCGGAGGGCCCCAAGGAGGCCCCUGGGAUGGGGGGCCCCCCGGGGGAGGCCCCAGGGGAGGCCCCUGCAGCAGCUGCCCCAGGGGGGCCCCCAGAGGGGCCCCCUGGGGGGCCCCCCAGCCCGAACUUGGGAGGCUCUGACCUCUUCUCUCUCCCGUUGCUGCCUUUCCUCAAGGUGCCCCUCGCAACGAGUCCCAAGCCCCAGCAGCAGCAGCAGCAGCAGCAGCAGUAUUACGUGGGGCGGUACCUGCUGCUGCUGGAGGCUGCCCUCCCAACUCCCUCGCGGGCAGUGCACUGUACCCUUUCGGUUGCCCUGCCGCCGCCGGGGCCCACAGAGGCCCCGGUGGGGGCCCCCCUGGGGGCCCCCCUAGGGGCCCCCUUGGGGGCCCCCCUGGGGGCCCCCGAGGGGCCCCUGGCGCCUGAAGGCCCCAGCAAGGAGACAGGGGGGGGACCCCCGGGGCCCCCCGGGGGCCCCCUGCAGCUGCCCGUGUCCCCCCAGAGGCCCCUUUGUGUGCGGCCGCUGCCCCUCAGCUUCAAAGCAGUGUGGCGGGGGGCCCCCUUGGGGGGCCCCUGGGGGCCCCCCGAGCUGGGGGACUUGUGUAGGGGCCCCCACGGGCCCGGCAUUUUAAUGUGCAACCAAAGAUUGCUGGUGAGGGGCCCUCAGCCCGCGCGGCUGACUCUAUGUCUCACAGUGGAGGGGGGCCCCCCGGGGGCCCUCUUGUGCUGCAGUCUGCUGCAGCAAGUGGUCAGGAGGCCCCCCGAGGCCCGCGGGGAGGGGCCCCCUGCUGGGUCUGGCCGCCCUUCAGCCCUCGAGCCGCAGCAGGGCGACGGCCACGCAGCAGCAGCAGCAGCAGCAGCAGCAGCAGUGUCGAGGCCCUCCUCAGCUGUCCUGAAGGCACAUGGCCCCAAAAAGGGGGCCCCCGAAGCAGAAGAACCCCCCAAGGUAGACGUGGGGCCCCCCCAGAAGCCCGAGGAGCUGCUGCUGCUGCAGCAGCAGGGGCCCCGCUGCUGCGUCUUUGCUGACAUCCAUUUGUACCCAGGGGCCCCUUACCUCCUCAGGGCCCACUACUACGGCCCAGAGGCGUCCCCACAGAAGCAGCCCAUAGCCAGCAGCAGCAGCAGCAGCAGCAACAACAACAACAACAACAACAGCAGCAGCAGCAGCAGCAGCAAGCUGGGCUGGCUGCUGGAAGCAAUCGGCAGCGGGGACUUGAGCGUGGGCCCCGACACAACUCGAGAAGAAUUAGCAGCAGCUUGGAAAGACCCCACAGACAGCUCUAGGGGCCCCCGGGGGGCCUCCAGCAGGGCUUUGCCCUGCAGGGAGAGGCCCGGCAGGGGCCCCCCUCUCUGGGGCCCCUCUCGGGGGGCCCCCCCCUUGGGGGCCACCCUGCUGGAGGCCCCCGCUUUGGGGCCCCCCAAGGGGGCUACCUCCAGCUUGGGGGGCCCCCCUUGGUGCCCGAGGGCCCCCAGGGGCUCCUCUGUGGGGCCUCUUUAG